AACUUUUCUGACACUUUUAUCAGCUAUUUCACUUUCCUGUUUUACCUUGUGCUUACGCAUUCGUUGAAUUUAUCAUCAAAAUUUAAGCGCUUGAAUCCUACACUUAUCACAUUUUAACAUGGUAGUCUUCGAUUCGGACCCGAUGGAAAGCAUUCCCCCUCCGGAACAGGCGCUAACGCGUCAAAUUUAUGCCAAAUGGAAAUCUGACGGCUCAUCCAUGGAAUCUGAACAGCUUCCCUCUUUCUACCGUCGUAUUAUGCCUAACGAUAAUGUGCUCCAGUUCCGUUUGCUGGAAGAGGCGCGCGGUAUGGCUCUAUCGAAACUGAAUGCCAAAAUCCUCGACAACGAAGAAAUACAGGAGUUGUGGAAUCUGUUCCAACAGCAUGCACAGAGCUCGUCGCAGAAUUCCGAUGCUAAAGCGGAGGAGAAGCAUUAUCUGACAUAUAAGAAUUAUUCCACCAUUCGACGCGCAUCCUCGCCCAAAGUGCAAGCAUACCUCCGUCCGACCACAUUCCUCGCGUUGAUCUGCACGGAGAACGCCCGCGACAGCAAUCUGAUCCGCGUGGCGGAUCUGUUCAAUUUUGUGGUGCGGAAAGUCUGGCUGGAACGGACGCGGUUGGCGUUGUCGCUGUACGAUCUGGAAGGGAAUGGUUUCCUCAAAGAAGCGGAUCUCGAGCAGUAUAUCGAUGAGCUGAUUCCCACCAUUGACUCGCUGGCCCGCAUGGAUCCCGACUUUAAAAAGUUUUAUGUGUGCUCCGUGCUGCGCAAGUUCUUUUUCUUUCUCGAUCCCGGGAAACAGGGGAAGAUCAAGAUCACCCGCGUAUUGGGAUCGACACUCAUGCAGGAACUGAUGGAUGUUCGAGAAUCUGGCGAGAAGCCAGAUAAGAAGAACUGGUUUACACUGGAAGCCAGUAUGGACACAUACAACGACUAUCUGUCUCUGGACCGGAAGCGCAACGGGCUUUUAUCGCGGGAAGAAUUCGUCCACUAUCCCAAAGCCAGUUUGACGGAAGCUUUUGUGCGGAGAGUGUACGAAGAAUGUUUGACGUAUGAAGGCGAGAUGGACUACAAAACCUUCCUGGACGUGGUGCUGGCACUGGGCAACAAAAACGAAGCACCGGCGGUGCGGUUUCUCUUCCGGAUCCUGGAUGUCAACCACCAAGGCGCUAUCGACCGCCAGACAAUUUACUAUUUUUAUAAAGAUAUACAAAAGCUCCUACUAAUGGAUAAUGUGCAUCCGCCGACGUUUGCGGAUGUCGUCGCGGAGAUUUUCGAUAUGGUGCCCAGUCGACGAUACGGAUGGAUAACCCUUCCCGAAUUGAUCCACAGUCGUUUGGGCGGGACUGUUGUCGGUUUGCUGAUCGAUAAGGACUGCUUUCUGGCGUAUGAAUUUCGUGAGCAGCAGCUGGCAUCGCCGACUUAGUUGUUCGUUCCGUGUAAUUAGCAGUACUGUCUCCGUAUAUCUGUGUGAUAUUUACGGUAUUUUGAUCUCCUUAAAUUGCACAAAUGAUGUGUUGCAAUCUCAGCAUGUACAGCUUGGUAAAAUGAUGUUUUGUUUGUAAAACAGUUCCUUAAUAUUGUGAGUUAUCUUAAAUAUCUUGAGAGGUGUGAUUCUGUGGGUCAGUCAGCGCCCUUAUUCAAUGAAACCAAAAUGUUUC